CGCGCAGGCGCGCGCGGCGGCGGCGAGUUGGCGCGUCGCGCAGGCGGCGGCGGCAUGGGGCUGAGCCGGGUACGGGCAGUAUUCUUCGACUUGGACAACACGCUCAUCGACACGGCCGGGGCUAGUCGGAAGGGCAUGUUGGAGGUGAUAAAGCUCUUACAAUCAAAAUACCAUUACAAAGAAGAGGCUGAAACCAUCUGUAACAAAGUUCAAGUUAAGCUCAGCAAGGAAUGUUUUCAUCCUUCUAAAAGCUGCAUUACUGACCUCAGGACUUCACACUGGGAAGAAGCAAUCCAGGAAACAAAAGGUGGUGCAGCCAAUAGGAAAUUAGCUGAAGAAUGUUAUUUCCUGUGGAAAUCUACACGUUUACAGCAUAUGACAUUAGCAGAAGAUGUCAGAGCUAUGCUCACUGAACUUCGAAAGGAGGUCCGCCUACUUUUAUUAACAAAUGGAGAACAACAGACCCAGAGGGAGAAGAUCAAGGCUUGUGCCUGUCAGUCCUAUUUUGACGCUAUUGUUGUAGGUGGAGAGCAGAAAGAGGAGAAACCGGCACCUUCCAUAUUUUAUUACUCCUGUGACCUCCUUGGAGUGCAGCCUGGGGACUGUGUGAUGGUUGGUGACACGCUAGAAACCGAUAUACAAGGAGGCCUCAAUGCAGGGCUGAAGGCAACAGUCUGGAUAAAUAAAAAUGGAAUGGUGCCGUUGAAGUCAUCCCCCAGGCCGCAUUAUAUAGUUUCUUCUGUGCUAGAGUUACCUGCUGUCUUACAAAGUAUAGACUGCAAAGUCAGUGUGUCUGCUUAAAGCACAGAAAAGGGUACGCACUGAGGUUGAGGGACCAGUCUGUCUUGCUGUGGAUGAGUGCAAGCCACAUGGCCCCAGAAGUCACUUUCCUGGAAGUUGCCUUGGUGUGGCCUAAUCAUGCUGCCCGCAUCUGUUGUCUGCUGACUGGAGAGUUUCACCCAUAUGAUGAAAACUAAUAGAAAAUUAGGUUUUGCUAUGAACCAUUUCCAGAGUGCCAUUUUAAUACUUGACUGGCUCUUUUUGGUGUUACCAUCUGCCUUAAGUCUCCUGUUUUUCAAAUUUUGGGAACUAUGUCAUUGUUUCACAAAUUUCUAUAUCCAUUUCAGAGUUUGCUUUGAGCUUAGUAAUUAAAACUCCAUAGGGAGGCAUCUUACAACUAGAAAAAUUUCUCAAGACCAUUAAGGCUAGAAAGUCUCUUGAUUUCACCAGCCAAACUUAGAGUAAAAUGGUUAAUUAAGGAAAAAAUAAAUAAUGAUUAGGGUUGUUAUUUGGUAGGGUGUUUUUUUUUUUUUAACUUUUGUAUAGGAAACUACUAGUGUAAGAUGUUCGUUAGUUGGGGUAUAUUUAGCUACGGCUCCUUCAAGUAUUCUACAAAGAACAGGAUUCUCUGCCAUUGUGCAUGUGCCUGUUGCACUUCUCACUCUUAAUUUUUAAAAAUGUGACUGUGCCCUUGACUGUUCGCUCUGAAGCUGCACGUUUGUGGACAGGGAAUGUUUGUGUAUAGCUCUUCCAGGUACGGUGUCCAUGUGACUUCAAUUAUAUUGUAGCUAUUUGAAAAUUGUUAAGUUGGAGGAUGUUGACAGGAAAAUAGUUGUGUGCAUGAUUUCUCCAGUGGGCUGAGUGUGAUGCUGAGAGCUUGACCUUUCAGCUCACCCACAGGAUGGGUCUAGACAUGGCACGUUCACUGUGCUCACUGAGAAGGCUCAUUGCUCCCAGAUCACGGCAGCAGAUCUCCUAGGAUGUUAUGUGAGCAGUUCGUCAGCAAAAGUGAUCUGGCGGGGAAUGAAAUAAUUGAGUUUUUUGUAAUAUAAUAUUACAUUCCAUUUGCACUUUUCCUUAGGGAAGAACUUUGUGGUUUUCUGCCUUCUGAGUGGAAUGUUACAGAAGAUACUAAGAACUCUUGGAAUAGACCUAUUUUAUUAAUAAUGUUUUUGUUUUAGAAUAAUAUUUUGUUUUUCAUGGUUUCCCAUACUCCUAGAAAGCCAUAAAUUCUCAGUUGUGCGGAGGCUCUCUCAAACACUCAUUACAGAGGAAGGCCUAGAGUAGACACGAGUGGACGCUGCCCCUGGAACACUGACACAAUGAUGGAUGUUUUCUGGUUCCAUACACAUGUCCACCCACUGGUGCAUGAACAUCUUAGAUAUGGUGGUGCCCAGGACCCAGCAAGUGUGAAUAUUGUGGGAAAGACAGUUUUCUUAGUUACAGAGGUACUUGGUUUAGCACUUUCAUAUUUCCUUGCAACCCACAAUAGGAAACAUUUUCUGUCACAAUCCAUUAAACACAUUUAUAGUGAACAUUUAGUUAAUAUCAGUGUGUGUAUAUUAAAUAUAUAUUUAACAAAACUACUUCCUUGCUAUGCGUGAUGCUCAGGUUUUUUUCAUUCCAUCAUUUUUUAAAUUGGGGAAUAUAUUUUUUUCAUUUUUGAACAAGUACUUGUGGUACUUGUACAAGUAUAUGUGGUACACAAGUCAAAGAAUGAAAACAUGAAUAGCAAAAAGUCCGUCUCAUCUCUUUUCCAGCAACCCACCUGCCCUAAAGGCCUCUGCUGUCAGCAGUUUCCUGUGUAUCUGCAUAUAUAGGUAGGUAUGAGUAUAUAGAAUUCCUCUGAUUCAGGCAGGUUUUUAUUCCUGCUUUUCAGUUUUGGGAGGCAGUGAUCUUGCUAAGAAACUGAUUUAAAAAGUUAGGAAGCUUCUGUGCGUCGUUCAUGUUAGGAGCAUACAUCUUUGAUCUCAGCCAUCCACUGUUGUUGAUAAAGGUGAUGGUUCCAUUCGCUUUCACUGGGCCAGUUGUUCACUUUGAGGUCAGUGCAGCUGUGAAGCCCUUGCUUCUGCCCCAGUCUCAUUGCCCUCUUCUGGUACCUAUCACCACCCUGGAGAUUCCCUUUGCCUCUUAGGUUGGAUGUCCUGUGCCCUGUGUAUUCCCUUUUUUGAUUUGUUCCCCCUUUGGUGGCGUGCAUCCUUGAGUAGUUUCCCUAUAAAUGUGAGAGAUAAAAAUAUUCAGAUCUUAAGUGUCUGAAAACGCCUUUAUUCUCUUCUCCCAUCAUUGAUAGUUUAACAGCAUGUAGUUGGAUAUCAUUCAGAAUUUCAAAGGCAUUGCUCUGUGGUCUAGCAGCCACUUUAAGUGACAAUUUUCUUUUUCUCUUGAAGCUCUUAGAACUUUGGUUUUUCCCCUGUGGUCCAUAAUGAUGUAUCUUGUUAUGCUUUCAUGCUCUACUCUUGGCACUCUUGAACCUUUCCCAACAAAACCUUAUGCUCUUUGUCCUGGAAAAAUGUAAUUACUUAAUUGAUAGUUGCUUCGCCACUGUGUUUCCUGCUUCCUUUUUCUGGAGCUCCUACUAUUCGGGUGUUGGACCUCCUCUACUGACCUUUCACUUUCUUUUCUUUUCUCUCCUAUUUUUCCAUAUCUUAUUUAGUCCUAUAAUGCUUUUUGGAAGGUUUCUUCAACUUUACCUUUCAAUCCUAUUGAAUUUUUUUUCCUGCUUGGCAUCAUGUAUUUCAAUAUCCAAGUUUCUUCAAUUUUCUAAAUGUUCCUUCCCUUUUUAAAAAAAAGUUUGUGUUGGAGUAUAGUUGAUUUACAUGAAUGUUCCUUCUUAACGGUCUUUUAUUUAUUUAUUUUUUUGGCUGUGUUGGGUCUUCAUUGCGCGCAGGCUUUCUCUACUUGUGGCGAGCGGGGGCUACUCUUCGUUGCAGUGCGCAGGCUUCUCAUUGCAGCAGCUUCUUGUUGCGGAGCACGGGCUCUAGGCAUGAGGGCUUCAGUAGUUGCAGCACGUGGGCUCAGUAGCUGCGGCAUGCAGGCCCUGAUUAACAUUCAUUUUUGUUUUGAGUGGAAUAUUACCUCUCAAAAAUUUUUUUAAAGUUUUUGAAGAAUCCAUGGAAUCCACUGUAUCUUCCAUGUUGCUCUGAUCUGUUUAUUUGGGUUUAUUUGUUCACCUUCGAGGCUUUCCUUAAAUGCCUAGUGAACCAUGUUUAUCACAAGAGAAAGGAUGGAAAUGCUGAUUGGAAGCUCUGCACGAGUGGCUGGGUCUUGUAAACUCAGAGGUUCCUUUUCUAUAGAGUAUCUGGGUAAGCAGUUAUAUGAAGAACCCCUGGGGUCAGUGUCUGAAGGUCUUUCCUCUUGAUCUAGCUCCCUAGCGAAGAACCUCUGACUCCUGACUGAGGGUAGAGGUCUGAUGUCAGCACCUGGGAGCUGAGUGGGAAGGAGGUGUGUGGUGGGGGGAGAGGCAUAUGGUCACUUAAUCCCUGUUCCUGGUUGUACCUGAGCCCAGUUGUGUGUGCUCUCUCCCGGUCUAGAGACCCUCUGUUUUACUCUUUCCAUAGAAGCAUUGUGACUUCUGUUGAAUGAGGACUUCAGGUUGGAGGGGGCAGGGGUCUAGGGAUCUAUUGGUAUUUGCAUGUUUUCUUUCUUUUUCUUUUUUCUUUUGGCCACACCGCGUGGCUUUCAGGAUCUUAGUUCCCUACCCAGGGAUCGAACCCGGGGCCCUGGCAGUGAGAGCACCGAGUCCUAACUGCUGGGCCGCCAGGGAACUCCCUCCAUUUGUAUUUGGAACACUUUUACCCCAUCCUCCUUACCUCAGCUCCCUCUUCUCCUUCAUGACUGAGGCAUCUGGUGGUAUCAGUGCCUGAAUCUUUGGAGGAGUCACUGUGCACCUCAUGAUUUCUCAGCGUUUAGAAAAGCUGGUCUAGACUCAGCUUUCUUGAAUCUACUAACUCCUUUGCCACUUGUCCAUAUGCUUUCUGGCUUCCACAGUUUUGUUGUCAGCGCCUGUUUUCCUGGUUUGUGUGUUUAAAUUCCUUUAUGAUAGUUUCCAUUGGGUUUGGGGUAGAAGCAAUAUUAGAUGGGUACUUCCUCUUUUGCCUUUGUUGUGGAAGCUGUUCUCUUCUAGUCUGUGUUCAAUGUAGGUCAAGUGCCUGUGCCUCAUAGUCACUACCCACAGCUUGAGAAAGGCUGCUCAUUUGAAAUGGAGAUUUACAGCAUGCCCACAACUUUUUUUUUUAAUUAUAUAUGCAGCUUAUUUCUUAAGAUCUUUUCCCGAACUUCCUUAUUCUCUGUAUUCUUGUAUACAGCAUUCCUUCUCUGACUUUCAUCAUCAUGGUGGGUCUCCUUAUGUUCUAUGUUUCUGAAUUUUCAACAUUGCUUGUACAUAGAUAUUUAUUUUGAUUGGCAACUCUGUUCCUAUGAUCACUUCUAAGAUGUAAACUCAGAUUUCUUUAUAAUAAAAUCCUUCUGAGCACAGUACAUUCAAUUUAUACUUUUACAAUGAAGUUUAACAGUAUAGGGGAUUCCCUGGCAGUCCAGUGGUUAGGACUUGGUGCUUUCACCGCUGGGGCCUGGGUUCAAUCCCUGGUCAGGGAACAAAGAUCCUGCAAGCCUCGCAAUGUGGCCAAAAAAAAAAGUACAGAAAAGUCACAUGACCUUGAUGGGUCAAAGCAUAUUUUUUUUAACCAGUCUUCACAUAUGUGACAUUGACAAUACAGUUAUUUCCAUGGAUUUCUUGGAAGAUGUUAUGAUUUUUUUUUUCUGGGCAUCAGCCUGACCUAUGGAAAAGAUCCUCAACCCAGGCUUUUUUAAAGUGACAGAUGAUAAAUGACUUAAUUUACUGAAACGGGAAUGAAGAGCGCGACUGCAUUAUGGAUACAGAGUUUCUUUCUGGGAUGAUGAAACUUUUCUAGAACUAGAUAGUGCUGAUGGUUUCACAGCAUUUUGAAUGUACUAAUGCCCCUAAAUUGUACAAUUUUAAAUGAUUUAAAAGUUAAAUUUUAUGACGGUUUAUUUGUUGGUUUAUAUCACCCAUAUUAUACUUGCUGAGUUCCUAAUAAUUAGAGAUGUGUGUUUAAUCUUUUUGUACAUCUCCCAAGUUUGAAAUCUGUGCUUGAAAACAUAAUAAAGUAAAU